CCGGGUCAUCUGGCGCUGGAUCGUCUGGCUCGACAGCGGGCAUCGGGUCACCAGGCAUGACAGCGGGGCACUGGGUCAUCAGGCAUUGGAUCGUCUGGCUCGACAGCGGGCAUCGGGUCACACAGGCACGACAGCAGGCAACUGGGCCAUCAGGCAUUGGAUCGUCUGGCUCGACAGCGGGGCAUCGGGUCACCAGGCAUGACAGCGGGCACCGGGUCAUCAGGUACCGGAUCGUCUGGAUCGACAGCGGCACCGGGUCAUCUGGCGUUGGAUUGUCUGGCUCGACAGCGGGCAUCGGGUCAUCAGGCGUGAUAGGAUCAUCAGGCCGGAUCAGUUCAUCAGGCUGGGUACAGACAUCAGGCUGGGUAGGAGACAUCAGGCUGAAGUGCGGGGUGCUGAGGCACCAGGCUGAACCACGGAAGGCAGGUUCUCAGACGGCAGGCUCACCGGUUUGGAUACUGGCAGGAAUGGUAUUGGUUGGAAAG